AUGGAUGUUGCAUCACAAGUCCGUUCUACAUUACAGGGCCAAGGGCUCCCAGCACCUACAGCGGCAUGGAUACGUAGUGUUUUACCUAAUCGCAAUCCUCUGCCUCCUCUUCCAGCGCUUGCUGCUACCGCCAAGGCCCGUCUCAUGGCCGCAGAUAUCACUACCGCCGGUAUUCUGGACGCCUCGGCUGCGGCCCUGCCGUCAAACAUCACGAACCAGGAGACCAAGGAGCUCAGGCUGCCCCGGGAUGUUCUGGUGCAGGUCCUCGACAUUGACAACCUUACCAAAAGCAAGUGGGAGCAGGUCGAGGAGCUCGAGGCUAUUGCGCGCGGCGAGCAGAGUCGCGGGCGGGAGAUCAUCCGGCUGCCAACCGCUGGCGAAGACGAGGAUGAGGGCGGAAGCGUGAGCAGUGCGGCGACACAAGUCAUCCCCGCAGGACCCAACGUGAGGGCUGGUGGCCUGUCUGGGGCAGGAGGCGCGACGCCAAAGAACUCGACGCAUCGGCUCGUAUUGCAGGAUUGCAAAGGGCAAAAGGUCUAUGGGCUCGAGCUCAAGCGCAUCGACAGGAUCGGCGUGGGCACACUGAACAUUGGGGAGAAGAUACUGCUCAAGAAGGACACGAUCGUGGCAAGGGGGACAUUGCUACUGGAGCCGGCAAGCUGCACAAUUCUUGGCGGAAAGGUCGAUGCAUGGCAGAAGGCUUGGGUUGAUGGCCGUCUAGCGAGACUACGCGAGACUAUUGGCGCUGACGCUCGUAAUUGA